AUGCAUACGCGAAACUCGGGGAGGACUUCACCGUUAGUCUACGAACCGGAAAUCAAAAGAGUAGCAAGAAGAAACUUAGCAAGCCGAUUAGAAGCAACUCUUGCUUCUAAUCAAACCAUUGAAACACCACAAUUUACAUCAUCUAUUGAGACCAAUUCAAUGGCAAACCAAAAUUCCACCCAAAAUCAAAACCAAAAUCCACACCAAUUCCAAUACCGAGGAACCUUCAAUCCCAGCCCAAACGUUCAACCUAUACCUCAAGAACAACCGGGUGGCAACAACUCUAGACCACCCACACCGCCUUUCCAAACCCGCGGCCCAAAUAACAACCAAAGAACACCUCCACAUCAAAACCUCAACCGACAAAACCCUUUACCCACCAACCUUGACGACCGAAACGUUAACUCCGAUCGUAGAGGUAACCGUGAUCGUGACAAUCCCGCGAAUGAAGACCCAUUCUUCAAUAUCGACGAUUUGAGAGACGCUAUCCCCGAUGACGAACCAUUUAGUGUUCCCAGUUAUCAAUCGCCGGAACAUGUGAGUGUUCACACGGAAAAUUCGGAUGAUGGGGGAUAUUACGAUGAUCGAGCUAAUGAUGAUGAAGAUUGGGGGUAUGUGAACAGAGGUAACAUCUACAAUGCUAGAGGUUUUGAAGAUGAUGAGUUUGGCUACCAAAACGCCAACUUUGUGGGGAAUGAUGACUACGGGUAUGGGAAUGUUAGAAAUGACGGUUAUGGAAAUAACCGCCAGCCACGAAACAAUAAUCCAAGGAACCGGGAUGACGGUUAUUACAACAAUAACAACAAUGCUAACCGUAACCGGAUUCCCCAAUUCGUGGGGGGUGGUAAUAAAGGUGGAGAUAGAAGAGGUGACCAAAGGGAUAAUCAAAGGCCGGUUGAUCAAGAAGUGAACGGCCUGCGUCGUCAUCAACAACCCCCACAGGGAGUAAAUGACCGUUUUAGGCUUGUGGUCACCGACAAUGACUCUCCAAUAGUUUGUGAAAGAAGGAUGUUCGAUUGCAAGCCCCACUACAUCAACAUACUUCCCCACUUCAACGGGAGGUCCAAUGAUGAACCGUACACUCAUUUGGCGGAGUUUUCGUCUAUAUGUAGCACUAUCGGGGGGGGCAUAAUUUUGCAUUGGAGGAGGUCAAGCUUCGAUUAUUUCAGUUUUCGCUAA